AUGUCAAGGAGUGGGCGGCCUCAAGACUUGGUAAUUCCGCGCCUCAAGGAGCUGCGGAAAAAGCACUUCCCGGAGGUGAUGUUCUUAAUGGAGACGAUGAAUUGUAGAGAUGUGUUGGUUGAUUUGCAAGUGUGGUUGGGUUACGAGAGAGUGCAUGCAGUGGAGCCAGUAGGUACGUGUGGAGGGCUUGCGCUGUUUUGUAAAAAAGGUGUGGAUAUUGAGUUGUUGUCGGUGAAUAAAAAUCUGAUGGAUAUUCAUGUACAGUUUGGAGAUUUUUCCUUCUUUGUUUCUUGUGUGUAUGGAGCGCCUGAUAAAAGCAACAGAGCGGCUGUGUGGGAUCAGCUGUUAAGUAUUGGAAUAACUAGGAAGGCGAGUUGGUGUAUGGUGGGUGAUUUCAACGAGAUCAUUCACAAUGGAGAAAAGUUGGGUGGGCCGAGAAGAAGCAUGAGCUCCUUUGAACCCUUUGUGAAGAUGUUGGCUGAGUGUGACAUGAUUGAGCUGUCAAGUAAAGGGAAUAUGUUCACAUGGGGGGAAGACGUCAUUCGUGGUGGAUACAGAGCAGACUAG